AUCUACAUCGGCAGAAAAGUUUGCCGCGAUAAUUUACCAGCAACUUGUAUCUGUGAUAACGAAACACGAUGACGUGUGCUUUGCCGCAAGUGAAAGUAACUCAUUAGUGGUAGGAGCAAUACACGUAGGCCUUCAAUAUCAGUUAUAUGUUUUGUUGAUCACAGUCUCUCGCGAGUCGUCGCUACGUUCAGUCGGCAUUUUUACGUUUCACUCCGAUAACGAUGUGCGGAAUAUUUGCAUACAUUAAUCACUUGACUCCGAAGACCAAACGGGAAAUAUUAGAACUGCUGGUUACUGGUUUAAAACGCUUAGAGUAUCGUGGCUAUGACAGUGCGGGUGUCGCGAUCGAUGCCGCAGACCAGAAAGAUAUAGCUGUGAUUAAAAACAGCGGGAAGGUAGCGGCUCUAGAAGAAGUAUUGCAAGAACGCAGCUUGGACCUUUGCGUAGAGGACAGUGUCGAGUCGCACUGCGGCAUCGCACACACCCGCUGGGCCACCCACGGCGAACCCAGCUCCAUCAACUCGCAUCCGCAACGGUCAGGUGAUGAUAACGCUUUCGUCGUCAUCCACAAUGGCAUCAUCACCAACUACAAGGCGGUCAAGACCUUUCUUGAGAACAAGGGGUAUGUCUUUGAAUCACAAACUGACACAGAAGCCAUUGCCAAGUUGGUACAUCAUCUUUACAACCAGCAUAAGGACUACAACUUCCAGGAACUGGUUGAGCAGGUAAUUCAGCAGUUAGAAGGGGCAUUUGCUUUGUGCUUCAAAUCACGUUAUUUUCCUAAUGAGUGUGUCGCCACCCGAAGAGGAAGCCCUCUACUUGUGGGCCUUAAAAUGCACCAUCACAACACCAGUGAUCAUGUUCCUAUUAUGUACACCAAUAAUAAAGCUACCCGAGGUGUCGUUCCCACAGUUCCGCGAGUUGACACUCAUGCCCAAUUUCAACCAGAAGAAGAGCGCACUGUUGAAUAUUUCUUUGCAUCAGAUGCAUCUGCAGUAAUUGAACACACAAACCGUGUCCUGUACUUUGAGGAUGACGAUGUUGCUCAUAUCAAAGAUGGGGUCCUCAGCAUUCACCGGUUGUCGGGCAGCAGCAAUGAUCCACAUCAAAGAGAAAUUUUGACUUUGAAAUUGGAAUUACAGCAAAUAAUGAAAGGAAACUAUGAUUAUUUCAUGCAAAAAGAGAUUUUUGAGCAACCGGAAUCCAUUGUGAAUACUAUGAGGGGCAGACUUAACUUUGCCAAUGGUACUGUCACUCUAGGAGGCAUUAAGGAUUAUAUCCCAGAGAUUAAACGGUGCCGCAGAUUAAUGUUGAUUGCUUGCGGAACCAGUUACCAUAGUGCUGUGGCAACUCGUCAGUUGUUGGAGGAAUUAACAGAGCUUCCAGUAAUGGUUGAACUAGCAUCUGAUUUCUUGGACAGAAACACUCCCGUAUUUCGUGAUGACGUUUGUUUCUUCAUUUCACAGUCUGGAGAGACAGCUGAUACUCUAAUGGCCCUGCGCUACUGCAAACGUCAUGGUGCUUUAAUUGUUGGAAUUACUAACACAGUGGGCAGCUCAAUCUGCCGUGAGUCCCACUGCGGUGUGCAUGUCAAUGCUGGUCCUGAGAUUGGUGUAGCCUCAACAAAAGCUUACACUUCACAGUUUAUCUCUCUUGUUAUGUUUGCCUUGGUUAUUAGCGAGGAUCGUAUUUCCCUACAAAAACGGCGUGCUGAUAUUAUAGCGGGGCUUCAUGAAUUGGACAGCAAAAUUAGGCAAGUACUAGCCUUGGAUUCUGAAGUGAAAGCUCUCGCAGAAGACCUCUACCGCCAACGUUCAUUGUUGAUAAUGGGCCGCGGCUACAAUUUUGCUACGUGCCUGGAAGGUGCUCUUAAGGUAAAGGAGUUAACAUACAUGCAUAGCGAAGGCAUAAUGGCUGGGGAAUUAAAACAUGGUCCCCUAGCAUUAAUAGAUGACUCUAUGCCUGUCGUGAUGAUCGUCAUGCGGGAUCCUGUGCACACCAAGUGCAUGAACGCGCUGCAGCAGGUGACGGCGCGGCAGGGGCGGCCCAUCGUCGUGUGCCAGGAGGGCGACGAGGAGACCAUGUCCCUAGCGUCCCGAUGUCUGCAGGUACCAAAAACUGUGGACUGCCUGCAAGGGAUCCUCACUGUGAUUCCCAUGCAGCUGCUAGCCUACCAUAUCGCUGUAUUACGUAAAUGCAAUGUUGAUUGCCCGCGAAAUCUCGCAAAAUCUGUAACAGUCGAGUAAUUGUACAAUCGUUAUUAAUGCGCAACGCGUCUUAUCAUCAUUUAAUUUUAUUGUUCUUGUUAUAGUGAGGUAAACAAUGUUAGGCAUAGUUUUGGAUUACAUGGCAAUUUAAAAUAAGAGGUAAAAAUACAUAUAUAUAUUAUACAUCAACAAAAUCUUUGAUAGUUGUUAAAGAAGUAUCCCGCUGCAAUGUGUUAUUUGUCUGUAGACAAGAUAAACAACCAUCCUAACAAAACAAACCAUGCAUGCAAAUAAGUCAUGUUCAAGGCUCCUCGAGGGAAAUAUUACCUGUUUAUUCAUUUAAUACAAUUGUUAUUGUUUAAUCUGAUUAGACAAUUCUGUAUCCAUGUUAAGUUUUGUAGAUCGACGACAAUGAGUAUUUUUUCGAUCGUACCAACGUUAUGAAAGUUAUCGCGUGCAGUUGCCUAUCGCUGUCGAUGUCGCCUUCAUUUUUGCAUCUUAAAGCGCUCGGUUGCUUUAUGCGAUAAACGCCCCGUUUAACGCGAUGCGUUUGCCGCACACCAUUUUACAUCAAGAUAAUCUAAUGACCAUACAUUGUUUUACGCGGUAACCGCCCCUUGUUCCUCGUAGAUAACAAACUUUGAUAACUGGUUUUGUAUGAGGAAAAAAUAUUUUCCAUUAUGUCAAUAUCCAGGGAGGAAAAUGAGGAUUACGUUUGUAUGGAAAAUCGAUCGUCCCGUUUCCUCUUGAUGUAGUUUUCUACAAAGAAAAUUAGGUCCUGUUUGAUAACCAAGUUGGCUAGGAAGAAUAAACUCACCUGCAUAAAAAACCUAAUAAAAUAAUGGUUUUCUAUGAGGAAAAAAAUCCCAUUUCAUAACCGCGUUAGCAUUAUAUAAAACAAUUAUCAAAGUUGGUUAUCUACGGGGAACAAGGGGUAAGCGCAUUGUCAUUUUUCCUACAUUCCGUUGAUUGCAUGCGUUCAACGCUACGUUUAUCGCAUAAAACAACCGCGCGCUUAAGAGUAUUACUAACAGCUACAUAAGUAUUUGGUAACUUUAAAGCCUUGAUACAAUAAAACAGUUCGGGUAUCUGGCCAAACUUGGUAGGCAACUACCUACCCCAUUUUAACGUUUAUCUUAUUAAUAAAAGCUUAAGCGCCUGUUUAAAUCUCUACCAAGACCAAGGUAGUAAAUUCCCUACAUGUAAAUAAGUGUCCGUGUACCAACUACGAGUAUGUGCAGUCGACUACAAGGAGAUGUACUCGUAAGUAUCCAGUUUUCACCUUACUACAUUGUAAUAAAGUGAACAAAUGGAUACAUCUCUUUCUAGUUGACUUACUCUCGUUUUCAUUAAUUUUACUUAUGAUAGUUAUCAUACUUUAGUAAGCUAGAACUUAGUGUCAUAAGAAAAAUAAACUACCCAUAAGGCUUUUAUUUACUCGUAAUUCUGAAUGGAUAAUGAAGAUGUACAAUUGUAACUGUAGUACAACUAAACUCCAUUGUAACUAUACAUAUUCUAACAACUGUUUUGAAGUAAAAUAAUCGGAGUAACGCGUUCAAACCCCGUAAAUUUUGAAUUUUAUUAUGUGCUUAUAUUUCUUCAAGAUUUUUUCAUAUUACUUAAGACAUUAAUAACCAUGGUACCUAUCUUUGUGAAAAAAAAAACUAUUGGUUAUGUUUUAUGUGGUAUAAGUAAGUGAUGCCAGCAAAGGCUGUGGAAAAAAAUUAAACUCGUAGACUAGUCCAAGAUAACUCACACAAGACAAAUGUCAACUGUCAAGUGUCAAAUAUAAUAACUGAAUGACGGCCAUAAAACAGUAGUCUUCUGUAUCUGAAGUUUUCUUAAUACUAGUCAAAUUUAUGGUAAUCUCGUGCUCGUAUGACGCUCAGAAUAUUUGGCACUGUGUUUUUACGUCGGCGGCACCUUAAAGGAAGCGUGUAGGGCUCGCCCGAAUCCGGAACGGCGAAGGACUCGGCUGAGGCUGAGAUUGACACUUAAUUAUAUAGCUAUUUAUGCAUUUUACUUGUGAUACUUUACUUACUAAAUUUUAGUGGUUUCGUUUAUAUAGUUCACUUUUCCGGCAAAAGUUUAAAGAGUGUUACAUAGUUACAUCACAAGUUGAGCGCGUCGCCUUAGGUAGAAGAACGAUAUAAACGUGUCAUAAUUUGUAAGUAAUUGUAGCUACUACUACUGAUAGGAUUAAACGAACUUACCUGAAGUGAAGUUCAAUCCUGAUUAUAUGAAGUAUUUAGUCCUGGAUAAUUUUCAUACACUGUUAAAAUUAUCCAGGACUAAAUACGAAUAUAAUAACGGUAAUGUGUUAAUGAGAGAUAGAUUUCCCAUGGUUUGGCGAGGCGAGGUGAUGCGCUUGGCUUGGUCUUGGUACGGAGCUAUUUAUUUAGUUAUCAAACAAUAUCUUGUAUUCUUGUUGACAUUGUUAGAUUGUCUUGCAAAUCGUCACAAUCACACGUAAUGUAACGUAGUGAUUAA